AGCGGCUCUCAGUGUGAAGGCUGCGCACGCGGACGAUCCGGUUUAGGGUCACGAGCGGAGUUUACACUGCGGGGCUCCGGUGCGGGGGCUGAAGUUUAUUUUAUUGUUAUUAUUUCACACAAAGAAAAAAACCCCACAGAUCUAAAUGAGACAAUGGAGGUGUUCAGGAGAACGCUCGUGCUGUGUUUGACCUGUUCACUCGGACCGAUGUUAUCGGUGGAGAUGUGCGACAUCAGGAUAGACCUGGAGAUGGAGAGAGAUGAGUGCUUGGCCAAGCUGCAAAAUGUCACAUCAGGCUGCAGCGGUGAGUGGGAUUUUGCGUGUUGGCCGUCGGCGUCUGUUGGACAACUGGUCACCAUCCCCUGCCCCAAAUACUUUACUCAUGUCAGUGACCGGGAAGGUAAUAUAUCAAGGUUAUGCACAGAGGAGGGAUGGAUGAACAUUGACCCUACCGUGAGCGCUCAGAACUGCGGCUACAGCCUCAACAUCACCGAAGUGGAGGAUUUCUCUCACGGUGAAUUCCUCCGCUCGGUGAGGAUCGGGUACACCAUCGGCCACGCUGUGUCUCUGACGUCCCUCGUCAUCGCCAUCUUUAUUUUGUGCUUUUUCAGGAAACUCCACUGUACGAGGAACUUCAUCCACAUUCACCUCUUCCUGUCAUUCAUCCUGAAGGCCAUUGCGGUGAUAAUGAAGGACGUGGCGCUCUAUGAGGUGGAUCCGGAUGAGUGCAUUCCUGGUUCUGUAGGCUGCAAGGCUGCCAUGGUCUUCUUCCAGUACGGCGUCAUGGCCAGCUUCUUCUGGCUGCUGGUGGAGGGCCUCUACUUACAUGCACUCCUCGCCGUCUCCUUCUUCUCCCACAGGAAGUACUUCUGGUGGUACAUCCUGAUUGGCUGGGGAGUCCCAGCACUCUUCAUCACCACAUGGAGCAUUACUAAAGCCUACUUGCAUGAUGUCGGAUGUUGGGAUAUUAUUGACGACAAUCUGUGGUGGAUUAUAAAAACCCCCAUUCUGCUAAUAAUCCUGUUGAACUUCAUCCUCUUCAUAUGCAUCAUCCGGAUUCUUCGGCAGAAAAUCAACUGCAGGGACAUCGGCAGAAACGAAUCGAACCAGUACUCGAGGUUGGCGAAAUCCACUUUGCUUUUGAUUCCUCUGUUUGGAAUCAACUACAUCAUCUUCGCCUUCAUACCUCAUCAGGUGCAGUCUUACAUGCGGCUCGUGGUUGAUCUUAUCCUGGGUUCUUUUCAGGGUUUCUGCGUUGCCAUCCUGUACUGUUUCCUAAACGGAGAGGUCCAGUCUGAAAUCAAGCGGAAGUGGCGGCGGUGGCACAUGCAGAGGUUUCUGGGCACCAACACCAAAUACCACCAUCCUUCUCUGGCCAGCAACGGUAGCACCUCCAACACCCAGAUCACCAUGUUGACCAAGUGCAGCCCCACCACGCACCGCGUCUCCAGCUGCAUGGACGAAUUCUCUACCAUUUGAGAUGACUUACUGAAUGAGCUAAUAUCCAGAUAUCCCGACCUCUCCCACAGUUUUGGGCCGAGUUCAAUCCUGAACUGGUUUCCAUCAUCGCAAUGUGAACCGGCAUGGCAGUGGAAUGCAGCCGAGUUUAGACGGUCGGUGUUAAAUAGGCAUGCGGUUGAGUGCAUCCAUGAUGUGAACGCUGAUGUUCUUAGUCAUUCUAGACGCUAGCCUUUAGCGAGGGAGACUCUGUGUGUGUGUGUGUGUUGAGGGGGCAGGGAUGGGGGGGUCUUUCGUUUAUGGUUUUGGGAAAUGUCAUAAUCAGGAACAUUUUGUGACAUGCAAAUAUUAUUAAUCAGCAUCAGUUGUCAAAACCAGAGUCAGAAGAUUACAUUCUGUGAAGUAUGUCCUAUCCUGUCCUGUCCCACACACACACACACACACCCCAGGUUCGGGGCAAGGAUUUGUGAGCUGACAUUUACUGCUGUCAUCUCCUUUCAUCUCUGCCUCAUUAACACACACAAAUUGGAUCCGAUUGUCUGUUUUCAAACCCUUAAUUACCUGUGCGGUGACCUCAGAGGUGUGUAUUAGGCCUGUUUUAUUCCUGAUUAGUGCUCUCGUUAUUACUUGGAUGCACCCAGCAUGAACAAUCAGUCUUCUUGUCUGCUUUUCCUAUUUGUUAUCCUUUCCUUGUUUUAUUGUAAUUGCAGACUAUAAGGUCUGUUCCACUGACAGUCAUAAAGAAUGUUUCCUUUGAAUUCCUGUUUAUUUAUCAUGUCCGUCCACGUGUAUGUAUAUAUUCAGGGUGUUUUGUGCCUGUAAUUGUUAUUAUUAUUUUUUUUAGAUCUCUCUGUAAAUGUUGCCAUUGUACGUUUUGUAAGAUUUGUAUUGUACAUGAAGUGUUUUAUUGUGCUAUAUUAGUUCAGACAGUUUAGAAUACUCAGAUUGUUUUUAUAUUUCUACACGUAGGGACCAAAAUGUCUGUAACUGAUCAAAAAUGAUUUAUUCUGUGGAGUCUCAUGAAUGUUUACAUGCAUGCUCUGAAUACGUGUGUAGAAGAGAGCGCUUAUUUAUGUACACGAUGUUAUGCUGAGAUCGGUCGAAUAAAUAGUUUUGCAGAUA